ACGGUAUUCUUUAGACCAAGGGAAUGCAAGAACAAUGUAGGAAGCCUGAUAGAAGUGUGUCAAGUCGGGUUGUUGAAUGAGGCUUUCUAUUUCUUUUCUUAACAGGAAGUUUGAGAAGGAAGCAGCCAGCCAAGAUGUCGGGAGGUGGGGGCGCCAGUCCGAGAAAAGCCAUGACGCUCGACGAUCUUGUCGAGGCCUUGGAUAGGCGCGAGAGGGCGCCGAGCAAUGUUCCGAAGGUUGACACGUUCCAUUUCAAAAGGGAAUGGGUCUCCGAUUGGCUGGACUCGGUUGAGCAGGCACUGGUGGGACUGUCAGAUGAAGUAAAGUUUCGACGGAUUCUAAGGUAUGUCCUUCACGGACACCAUCAGGAAGUGAGAAAGGUUGUGGACGCCGCCAAUGACAGAUGGGCAAGGUUUAAGGAGAGGAUGUUAAGGAAGUACAGGUUGGGGGAUGGCCUGCUGACUACGGCCGAUCUGGAGGCCAUGAAUAAGGACGACUUCACAAUGAUUGGAGCGUUCGUGCAAGAGUUCAAGAAGAAGGCGAGGAAGGUGCACGGGAUUUCUGAGGAGGCACAGUGCGCCAUCUUCUUGGGGUUGCUCACCGCCUCGAAAGCAUCAGAGUUUACGAGCCACGGGGGUGGAAGUGAGAAGCUCAUCUGGGCCACCAUCGAUAAGGGAGUAGAGGACGGGAACUUGGAACAGGUGGAGCAACACCAGAUGCGCCUACAGAGGCGAAAAAGGAAGGAAAGGGACGCCACCGCAUCUGGGACCCCAAGGGUCAAGAGGAUCGUCACAGACGUGUUGGCAGAGGUAGGUUAUGGCAAUGAGGUUGAAGUGCAGAAAAGGGUGGUGACCGUAGCCCAAGGCCGGGUGUUACGGGUGGUGGAUGAGGAGGCCGGACACGAGGACUACGAUGGGGAGGAAACGGGUUCCCAGGCCCUGACCAAGGCGCCGCGGAAACAACGCAAUUUAUUGACAGGCGGACAGGACUCUGGAAAAGGGAAGGCUCCACAAGCAGUCGUGGCGCCACUGGCCGCUGCCGCAAGUGCGCCUAUGAUAGCGGGGCCCUUGCAGAUGGGGCCACCGACGGCAUAUGGGAAGUGGAUGCCCUAUUUUCCAAUGACGCCUUGGCCCCCUUAUAAUCCGUGUACCUCAUGGGGAGGGGGCCAGAACUUUGCCGCCAAGACUGAGCAUUUAAGGAAGGUGGUGCGCCAGGAUCAAGAAUGGGUUUGGGGUGGAGAUCAGGAAGAGGCUGUGAAGCGGAUGAAAGAGGAGUUCAAAGAAGGAGGCCUGGUGUUGGGAGCGCCUAACUAUGAAGUCACUGAGGAGAAGUCAUUCACCAUCGAGACGGACGCUGGGCCAACUGCCCUGGGAGGAGUCCUAGUUCAGGCAGAUGCUGAAGGAAAGGAAAGACUGCUAAGGUCUGACUUUCCGAAGACAGUCAUGCAGAGGGGCGGGAGGGGCACACGGCCGCGACAAAGGCCCCAAGGAGCAUCUAGAGGGGAUGAUCAGCGCAGGCCAUUUGGGAGAGAGUCCACGCCUGUCUUCGACGAUGAUAACAUAAAGCUCUUCCUAGACACCUACCAUGCUCAUGCAACCCGAGAGGGGUGGUCUACCUUAGAGAAGAUACGAAAUCUGAGAGGGGUUGAGCGUUUUGAGGAGCCCAUCGCGCACAUUCGAGAGGAGGCGUUGACCUGGUCGGACGUGGAGGCAAGGAUGCAGCGGCUGAGGGCUUCGCCAGUGGGGCGCGAUGGUCUACCCAUCCGUUUGGAGGAGGGCAAUGCGGAGGAGUUCAUCCCAGCCUAUGAGCAGUAUAUGCGCGACCAGGGAACCACGCACGAAGAAUGGAUGCAGACAUUGCUCCUCUGGACACGGAGGGCGGAAAGGUCAUUCGCAAGGCAGCUACAAGACAGAGCGCGUGACUGGGAGGAUUGUCAGGCUCAAUUGAGACAGGCGUUCCGACGGCCAGAGCCGGAGAGACCAGAACCUAGGGUUGAAAGAAGUAAGAGACCAUGGGAUCCAGAGGCGAGGAGAGCCGUUGUGGCUAGGAGGGGCCGGAAGGCCUUGGCGCAACGCGAGGAGGAGUCAGCGGAGCCGGCUCAGGCAACAGAGCCACACCCUAAUCAUGGGCUUGAGCAAGUGGAGUUUCGUCAAAUCACGGGCAGUGACCUACGGGACCCUUCGCCGAAGUUGCCAGAGGAAGGGGAAGGUGUACCAUUCGAGACGCCGCUCGGAAGUCUGGAGGCCCACCUUGAUGCGUCUCAAUGGGGGACUUCGCAACUAGGAGCAGGUCCGGUUGAGCCAGCGUGGUACGAGCUGGCAGAGGAGUUACAAGGCCCUGAUCCAGGGACUGAGCAGUGUGAGCCUGGAGAGCUACAGGAAGAGGAGGUCAUUACCGUUGGAGACGAUACUCCCCCUCAUACCCCAGCCCCGGAGCAGGUCCAGCGGCCCUCGCCAGAAGGGAUUCCCGAGUCGGAUAGUGAGGAGAUUCUAGUACCCCCUCCGGAAAUUAUCACUUCGCCCCCAAAAGGGGCAGAGCCAGGGGAACAAGAGGAGAGCGAGAGGGCGGGGGCGCGUACGACUGUCGCCUCGCAGCCAGCCGAGCAUGCGGCCGAGCACUUGGAUACUGAGAUGCCAGUCUCCGAUGAGCCACCGCCACAGUUGCCGCAUGCAGAGGAAGGAGUGAGUGCAGAGGUUCCGCUCCGAGAGGUCCACGAGGCGCGAGCGAGAAGGCUAUCAGGGGAAACGACUGAGGAGAAGUCCGCAAGGGUGCAGGCGCGCCUCACUGAAAUAUAUGAGAAAAAAAUCAGGAUGGAGGCCGCAGGAGAGGCGUCGAUACCGCCAACUGACCCCGGGACGAGUGAGCAGAGGAUUGGUGAGGCGUGGGCCAGGUAUGAAGGCAGGAAGGAUGCCGGUCGCCUGAGGUCACGAGCGGCAGGACAGGAAGACGAGAAGGCGGACAAGGUAAGGGAGACUAGAGACUUGGGAUUCUCAGCUGCCGGGAUGGGGAUUGAGCGCGCAGAGAGGAGGAUACGCCAGGCGGCGACUACGUCUUUCCAGCGAUAUACCAUACUCAAUGAUGAGCUGGCGGCCUCGAGGUUGGAGGUGGAGUAGUUGACUACUCAGCUAGCAGAGGAGAAGGCGGAGAACCAAGCCUGGAGGUUUCGUAUGGAGGCCAAGGAAGCUGAAUGGGAGAAG